GCGGGGCCGAGCAUGGCGGCCGCGGCAGAAAGUGUCCCUGCGAGCCUGCGAGAGGAGCCGGCUAGAGGCGAGUGAGAGGGUUUGGCCGCGGAACCCCGAGAGCUGAAGCCGGUGCAAGGGAGCAGAGUGGAGCUGUCAGGUGCGGCAAGGAUGAAGUGCGGGGCUGGACAUCAGGGCGCGCGGAGAAUGGAGCGGACUUGCUGGAAUGAGGACAGACGAUGCCGCCGUGGAGACAGCCGAGGAAGCGAAGGAGCCCGCUGAGGCUGACAUCACUGAGCUCUGCCGGGACAUGUUCUCCAAAAUGGCAACGUACCUGACCGGGGAACUGACGGCCACCAGUGAAGACUAUAAACUCCUGGAAAAUAUGAAUAAAUUAACCAGCUUGAAGUAUCUUGAAAUGAAAGAUAUUGCUAUAAACAUUAGUAGAAACUUAAAGGAUUUAAACCAGAAAUAUGCUGAACUACAGCCUUAUCUGGAUCAAAUCAAUGUAAUUGAGGAACAGGUAGCAGCUCUUGAACAGGCGGCCUACAAGUUGGAUGCAUAUUCAAAAAAACUGGAAGCCAAGUACAAGAAGCUGGAGAAGCGAUGAAAAACUUAUUCCUGUGGAACAAAAUAUUUUUUAAUGUGUAAGAUGAGACCUGAGGCUGAUGAAUUGUCAAAACUCCUCAAAAAGAAACCAUGCUGGCCGUCCCAGCAACAUCCCACCUUUGGAAUGAACUGGAGAACUGUGGCUACUCCUGAAUUUCUCUUGGGGCAGUAUCCCUCAGAAACUCACUUAUAACCCCUUACCUUGUACUUGAAUGCUUAAUUAUUCACUUAGGAUGCAGACUCUCUCAAAGUUCAGGAUAAACCUGGGCUUUUCAGUUGAAUCAAAUGAGAGGGCUUAUUUUCUCUAUUUUCUUAAGUGGCCGGAUUUUGAGUCACCGUGUAAAUGUUUUUUGUCUUUUGUUUUUUUUCUAUUGAAGCUAAUGUAUUGAUAACA